AUGAGUCCCUUCCGGAUCGUCUAUGGAAAGGCAUGCCACAUUCUAGUGGAAAUUAAGCACAGAGCCUAUUGGGCAGUAAAGCAAUGCAACCCGGAUUUGACCCAAGCAGGAGUAGCCAGAAAAUUACAGCUAGAGGAGCUCGAAUGUUUGAGGAACGAAGUAUAUGAGAAUGCCCGAAUCUACAAAGAAAAGACUAAAGCAUUCCAUGACCAUCACAUUCAGAAAAAGGACUUCGAAGAAGGUGAUGAGGUGCUCUUAUACAAUUCGAGGCUUCGUUUCAUGCCUGGCAAGCUCCGCUCUAGAUGGGAAGGACCUUUCAAGGUAAAAGAGACAAAACCCUUUAGAGUGGUGGAAUUGUUUGAUCCUAAAAGUGAAGCAACCUUCAAGGUAAAUGGACAUAGAGUGAAGAAGUACCAUGGCUACAAGCUCCCAAAGGAGCUAGAGGUGUUCCUAUUGGAGGAUGCACCUAAAGAAGGAGAAGUUUAA